UUUCAUAAUUUGGUAUGAGGAGAUAUGAAUGCAUGUCUGUAGCUCUUUGUAAUCGUUCCACUGAGCAGUGAACUUCAGUCAGAAGAGAUGUUUUGGGGCAUUGUUGCAUGCUGCAUACAUCUUUGCUCAAAGAUCUUGGUAGCUCUGCAGCUUGACUUGCUUCUUCCUCAAUCUCUCUGAAAUUUUAUCCUCAGAUUAUAUGGUGCCUAAAAAGAAAUCAAGGCGAUGAGAUGAAUUUGUCAGUCAUAUAUUUCAAGAGUUUAACUUAUGUGCACUGAUAUUGUACAACUCUUUUAUACCAUCAAGUUAAGAUUACCUAAUAUGCAACAGGUGACUAAAAUGGUAAUUUUGAUUUUGUGACAAAUUAGUGAGGCAUCCUCAGAAGGGGAGCCUUGGUAUAACUGGUAAAGUUGAUGCUAUGUGACCAGGAGGUCACGGGUUUGAGCCGUGAAAAUAGCCUCUUGCAGAAAUGCAGGGUAAGGCUGUGUAUGAUGGACUCUUAUGGUCCGGCCCACCCCCGAAUCCCGCGCAUAGCGGGAGCUUAGUACACCGGGCUAACCUUUUUAGUGAGACACCCUCACAGGUGAAAGUCCACCAAAUGUUACAGUGUGAAUCUAUGAUGAAACAAUAUAGUUUUGUUUACAACUUUUAAGAAAAUCUGAGUACUCUUAAUAUUCCAGAUGCUUCUGUUUUUCAUUAUAAACAAGAAGUAACAAUGCAGAAAACAUGACUAACAAAUGGACCAACUUACUUCCAAACAACAACUGAAUCACAAACAUUGUGUGUCACUUCCUCCUAUAACUCUGUGAAAUCAUACAAUUCCAGUUUGAUUAAUAGCUUAAACUUCACCAUCCUAUCACAUGGAGAAGAAGAUCCAACGUCCUUACUUGUUUCUUUUUUCAGUAGCCUUUGCUUUCCUUGUUACAGAUCCAUUCGGUUUAAGUCCAGUCGGGGAAAAUGACUUUAGGCCAGUGAAGAAUGACAUUGCACCAUAUGAACAAGUCAUAGAAAGUUGGCAUGGAGACAAAAAGAGCCGGUUAAGCCUCGGGAAUUUGGAGUUUGUUAAUGAAAUCUAUGGUCCUGAAUCACUAGAAUUUGAUAUUUCAGGCCGUGGUCCAUAUGCCGGACUAGCUGAUGGACGCAUUGUAAGGUGGCUCGGAGAAGAUAUUGGCUGGGAAACAUUUGCACUUGUCACUCAUAACUGGUCGGAGAAGCUGUGUGCAAAAGGGAAAGAUUCAACGACGUCUAAACAAUGGAAAGUCGAGCCAAAAUGUGGGAGGCCGCUUGGCCUAAGGUUUAACAAACAGAGCGGCGAUUUGUACAUAGCAGAUGCUUACUAUGGACUCCUGGUUGUUGGUCCAGAAGGAGGCGUGGCGACGUCUUUGGCUACACAUGUCGAAGGGAAGCCCAUACUCUUUGCCAAUGACCUUGAUAUCCAUACAAAUGGCUCCAUCUUCUUCACUGACACUAGCAAGAAAUACAACAGAGUGAACCAUUUUCUUAUAAUGUUAGAAGGAGAAGACACUGGUAGGAUUCUUAGGUAUGAUAUUGCUACAAGAAGUACUCAUGUUGUUUUGGAUGGAUUGGCUUUUCCUAAUGGGGUACAAUUAUCAAAGGAUCAAUCUUUUCUUCUCUUCACUGAAACAACCAAUUGCCGGCUAAUGAAAUUGUGGCUAGAGGGUGGAAAAGCAGGCAGUGUUGAGGUUAUCGCAAAUUUACCAGGAUUUCCAGACAAUGUAAGGGCGAACGAGAAAGGUGAGUUUUGGGUGGCAAUUGAUUGUUGUCGAACAAGAUCACAAGAAAUUCUCAUUCAUAAUCCAUGGAUGAGAAGCAUAUAUUUUAGAUUGCCAGUUCAAAUGCGUUACUUAGCAAGAUUGAUGGGAAUGAGAAUGUACACUGUUAUCUCACUCUUCAAUGAAAAUGGAGAAAUUAUUGAUGUUCUUGAAGAUAAGAAAGGUGUAGUUAUGAAGUUGGUAAGUGAAGUUAGAGAAAACAAUGGCAAGCUAUGGAUUGGAACUGUUGCUCAUAACCAUAUUGCUACACUUCCUUACCCCUAAUUAUGGAUUAUAAUCGUGUUUUUUUUUAAUAAUUAGCAAAUUCACUUGUUCUUUACUUUA